AUGGAGUGUGGUCUCCGUGCCAACGAGCUAUGGGACGCGGUCGACCCAGGAGGCAACGCGUUCAAGAAGGAGGGAGCCGAGUACCGGAAGGAUUGGCAGGCGGCGUCGGCGAUUUAUUCGGUGAUGCCGAUGGAUCUCCUCCAGCACCUGAUCGCCAAAGCAACGGCGAAGGAGGUGUGGGAUACGCUGAAACUCAUGUUCGAGGGACACACCCGCGUCAAGCAAGCCAAUCUCCAAACUCUCCUAAGGAACUACGAGACAUUGGUCAUGGGCGACGAUGAGUCCGUGGAUGCGUUCGCUUCACGGGUAGCUACUCUCGUCAAUCGGAUUCGCGCGCUUGGAGAAAACCUAACGGAGACCUCGGUUGUCCGGCGGUUCUUGCGCGCGGCCCCUCCCCGGUACCUGCAAAUUGUCACAGCAAUCGAGCAGUGCGUCGAUCUCGCGACUCUCUCCAUCGACGAUCUUGUCGGACGGUACAAUGCUCAUGAUGAGCGGAUGUGGUACUGUCUUGGGGACGAGAGGAACGACGAGCUUGUGAUGCUCACAAAGGCGCAGUGGAUCGCCCUUGAAAAGCAAGGCGGAUCCACAAGGAGCAGCAAGAAGAAGGGCAAGCAGCGCUCGACGAGAAAGAACUUCGCUGACUCAGAUGACGACUCAGACGAUGGGGCUGCACCGCCACCGAGGAGAAAGUUUGACAUCAGGAAAAUGAGGUGUUAUAACUGUGGCCUCCUCGGUCACUUCAAGGCUGACUGUGAGGAAGCAUCGACGCAGAAGGCGCUCAUGGCCCAGCAAGGAGAUGAUGGUGACAUGAUGUUGAUGAGGGAACUUGUGGACGAGGAGGACCCAGUUCUUCAAGUGUCGGCUAAGGAAAUUGUCGCGCUCCGUGAAGAAAAGGUUCACUCUCAAGAUCAUGGUUCGGAAACUCGUGUCGAUGCUGCGGACGCGGGGGUGAUUCCGAAGCUUACAUCGAUGUUACGGGCAUAA